AUGGCGGCAGAAGAUGUGGAUGUAGACAUCGAAGGAGAUGUAGUCGCUGUCACAGCACAGCAAGGAAAUGAUGAAACCACAGUAUCAAUAUUACAACAUGAUCACUAUCUAGAUCCAUCCUGGAGAACUGAGAAUGACCUUAUUCCUUGGACUCUGGAUAGCACUAUCAGUGAAGAAAACAAAGCCGUCAUUGAGAAAAUGUUGUUGGAAGAAGAAUAUUAUUUGUCUAAAAAAUCACUUCCAGAAAAAUUCUGGCCUAAUCUAAAGGAAAAGGACAAAAAAUAUAUGAAAAGUCUGCAGAAGACAGGAAAAAGCAUGGUGCAGUCUCCUACAAAACCAGCCUGUUACUCAGUAAAGUGGACAGUAGAAGAAAAAGAGCUGUUUGAACAAGGGCUGGCUAAAUUUGGUCGAAGAUGGACUAAAAUUGCAAAGCUAAUAGGAAGUCGCACUGUAAUACAAGUGAAGAGUUAUGCCAGACAGUACUUUAAAAAUAAGGUAAAAUUAGAUGGUCUGGAGAAAGAAGCACCAUAUCAGAAGAGCAAGAGUGACCUUCAGGUUAAAAAUGAAGAGGAAAGAAUAAAGACAUGGACACUAUCAUCAUCAGCAAGGGGACUUGCUGAUCCCAACUUGAAUGCUAUAAAAAUUGAACAUUUAUCUGAUGAUGAAGAAGUGGACAUCACAGAUGAGGCAGACGAGUUGCCUUUUCAGCUACCUGAAAAGAAUCCUAGCAGUGGACUCUUAAAAGACAUUCCUGAUAGUAAAACUCAUGAAACCAGUCAAGCUGAAUUCAUUGUUUCUGACACAGAGAAAGGCUCUUUUUCUAAAUCUUCCAAGGAAUAUCUUCAGAAUAUAAAGCAAGGUGAGACAGAAGCACGUUCAAGCUCAGUAAUUACAUUAGGGACUGAAAAACAUCACACCAGUGAUGGAAGAUCAGUUGACUUAAAUGAUCAGAAAUCUAAUGAACUGUUUAGAAACUGUGCUGAGGAUUAUGAACAGACUGUAAGAGCUGAUGCUAGUGAGCUCCCUUUUCCAGAGCCUUGUGACAGACAGAAAGAUUUAAGUGACAAGGAAAUGCUUUUUCAUUCCUCAUGUCAAAAUGAAGAGGAGAACCAUGAAGAAGAAGAGCUUAAGCCACCAGAACAAGAAAUAGAAGUAGAUAGAAAUACCAUUCAGGAAGAAGAAAGACAAGCAAUUCCUGAGUUUUUUGAGGGACGCCCAGCUAAAACACCAGAACGCUAUUUGAAAAUUAGGAAUUACAUUUUGGAUCAGUGGGAGAUAUGCAAACCGAAAUACUUAAAUAAGACCUCAGUACGUCCUGGCCUGAAGAACUGUGGGGAUGUUAAUUGUAUUGGACGGAUUCAUACAUACCUCGAGUUGAUAGGAGCAAUCAAUUUUGGAUGUGAGCAGGCUGUGUAUAACAGACCACAGCCAGUUGAUAAAGUACGUAUCAGAGACACAAAAGAUACAGUAGAAGCAUACCAGCUUGCCCAACGCCUGCAAUCUAUGCGCUCAAGGAGACGAAGAGUUCGAGAUCCUUGGGGAAACUGGUGUGAUGCAAAGGACUUAGAAGGACAAACAUUUGAGCAUCUCUCUGCUGAAGAGUUGGCAAGAAGAAAAGAAGACGAAAAAUGUAGACCUGUUAAAUCUUCAAAAGUACCAAGGUCAUCAAAAAGCUCAUUUGAUCCUUUCCAACUGAUACCUUGUAAUUUUUUCAGUGAAGAAAAGCAGGAGCCAUUUCAGGUGAGAGUGGCUUCAGAAGUACUUUUAAUAAUGGAUUUGCAUGCCCAUGUUUCUAUGGCAGAAGUGAUUGGUCUGUUAGGAGGAAGAUACUCAGAAGCUGAUAAGAUAGUUGAAGUCUGUGCAGCAGAACCAUGUAACAGUCUCAGUACGGGGCUGCAGUGUGAGAUGGAUCCUGUAUCACAAACCCAAGCCUCAGAAACCUUAGCUGUGAGGGGCUAUAGUGUUAUUGGAUGGUAUCAUUCACAUCCUGCCUUUGAUCCUAAUCCUUCAUUAAGAGACAUUGACACUCAAGCUAAAUACCAGAGCUACUUCUCCAGAGGAGGGGCAAAAUUCAUUGGAAUGAUUGUUAGUCCUUAUAAUCGAAACAAUCCAUUACCUUACUCCCAGAUCACCUGCCUGGUUAUAAGUGAUGAAAUUAGCUCAGACGGCUCAUAUCGUUUACCUUACAAAUUUGAAGUACAACAGAUGUUAGAAGAACCUCAGUGGGGAUUAGUAUUUGAAAAGACAAGAUGGAUAAUAGAAAAAUACAGGCUGUCCCAUAGCAGUGUCCCCAUGGAUAAAAUCUUUCACCGAGAUUCUGACCUGACUUGUUUGCAGAAACUUUUGGAGUGUCUGAGGAAAACUCUGGGCAAAGUAACGAAUUGCUUCAUUGCCGAAGAAUUUUUGACUCGAAUAGAAAAUUUGUUCCUUUCCCAUUAUAAAAGCAAGUGUGAGAAUGGAGUUGCUGAAGAGAAUUGUACUAUGGGUCCAAAGCAAUUGUUAAUGUAAUUAUUUCAAAGUAAAAUAGUUCAGUCUUGACAUAAUUCAACAUACUUUGAAAGAUAUAAUCCUGAAAAUUUUGUAAUU